CAUGGACCUGCACAAGCAGUGGGAGAACACAGGGACUGCCUGGCACAAGGAAAAGAUGGAGUUACUGGACCAGUUUGACAAUGAAAGGAAGGAAUGGGAAACCCAAUGGAAGAUCAUGCAGAAGAAGAUAGAAGAGCUUUGCCAUGAAGUAAAGCUUCGGAGGAAAAUCAACAUGAGUGAACGUGCCAAGGUCAUUGAUCUUGAUCGUGAGAAAGCCAUGCAAGAUAAAGUGGUGGAAUCUUCUCCAAAUUACCCCAAUUCAGGACCAUGCGAAUUUACAGGGAUGAAUCACAGGGACGGUCUGGAAAAAGACAAUAAAACGGAGCAGAGCUUACUCAGUGGAGGAAAUCAAGUGUGUAAGGAACAAAAAGCAACCAAAAAAUUAAAGGUAGGGUUUAUGGAUCCCCUGGCCACAGACAGGCAAAAGGAAUGUGAGGCCUGGUCUGACCUGAGGACUUCUGAGGAAGCGAGCAAGAGCUGUUCUGGCGCCCUCAACACAGCUCUUGAAGAACUUGCCAAAGUCAGUGAAGAAUUAUGCAGCUUCCAAGAGGAAAUCCGAAAGCGGUCUAACCAUAGAAGGAUGAAGUCAGAUUCUUCUCUCCAGGAAAUGCCACAUAUAAUGAACAUGUCCCCUGGAGACCAUGGGAUCAACAAUGGCCAGUGUGUUCUUCCGAUCAGUUUAGAAAAAGAAAAACAGAAAAAUAGAAAGAAUCUGAAUUAUACUGACAUGCUCCAAAGCAAUUUUAUGAAAACAUGUGGAAUUGAUACAAUUGAUCCAAUACAAAGAAAUGAAACUCCACCAGUUCCUCCUCCAAGAAGUACCUCUCGAAGUUUUCCCAGUGUGUUUCCUGAACAAGCUCAUGAAAGUCUGAAGGAAAGUUUAGGCCACAAUAGCCAGGCGGUCCAAGAGGGUCAAGGUGAAAGGAACUGCAGUCCUCAUGUCCCCCUGAGGCAUGACGAGAUGCCUACACUGUGUCUAAAUGAAGGGAAGACUUUGAAAGAUGGUAUCAUCUUUUCUUCUUUGGCAUCUGAAGCCAAAAUGGAUAACCAGCCUCCAUGUAGUGAAGAUGUUGGAUGUGGCAUGUGGUCUUACGACACAGUGAUAGGCACAAAAAAUAGCCCUUCUACCUUGUGGUUUCAGAAAACCUGUUCUACUCCCAGUAAGUCAAAAUAUGAAAAGAUGACCCCAGAUCAUCCUGCUAAAUUUCACUCUGACCUUCACGUAAGCAAUGACUAUAGUUCCUUGGUGACACAGAGCAGUGGCCCGCUUAGAAGUUUCAGUUGUGGCUUUGAAAAGACUACUAGGAAUGAAACGCUGGCAGCAAAGACUGAUGAAUUUAAUAGAACUGUGUUCAGAACAGAUAGAAAUUGUCGUGCAGUACAACAAAACCAAAGCUACUCAGAAUCGUCUCAAGAUUUUAAGCCCUGUGAUACCUUAAUUACUCGUAUAGGCAACAUACCAGAAAAUGACAAUGUGUCUGGUAUUCUGAAAACCAGUGCCCACGUGCCCGUGCCUAGAGAAAAUGUGCCUGAUAAUCCCACCAAAAAAUCCACAACAGGCCCAGUCAGACAAACACAGGAGCACAUAACUCCCAGUAGUUACCGGAAUAUGCUCCACGAGCAUGACUGGAGACCUAGCAAUUUGUCUGGCCGACCAAGAUCAGCUGAUCCUAGGUCAAAUUACGGUGUUGUGGAAAAGCUGCUGAAAACCUAUGAGACAUCAACAGGGCCUGUAUUGCAAAAUUCUAAAUGCUGCCAGGAUAAUUGGACCAAAUGUAAUUCUGAUGUCAGUGUUGGGGCCACAUUAAGUCAGCAUUUAGAAAUGCUCCAAAUUGAACAAGAGCUUCAAGGAAAAACAGCUUUGUGUAGGGCACAACAAGUGAAGCAAGGAGUGGACUGGAAAAAGAUAACAGAGGAAUCCACGGCCGUGAAAUGUUCACAUGGAAAAGGAUUUUCCCGUCCAGCUAGACCGGCAAAUCGCCGUCUCCCAUCCAGAUGGGCGUCGAGAUCUCCAUCGGCGCCCCCCGCCUUGAGGAGAACUGCCCAAAGCUGUACUAUUUCUCUGCGAUCUGAAGCACCGAUGGUCUAAGUCUCUGGCCUGAAUUGCUAGAUUUCAAAAAUCCCAAUUGCCAAACAGAUAAUUCUAAGUGUUUACAGGCAAUCCUGUCUCUUCGGUAUCUCUCAAGAUUUCUGGGACAAUUUAAAUCUUAACUUCUCAUCAGUCUUCAGUGUUUUUAAUCUAUGGAAUAAUUAUCUUCCUACAUGUUGAUUUCUUAGAUCAGAAUUUUUUAAUGCCAUCCUCAUUAAUUUUCCAAUAUGAUUUAAGUUGAAACAGUGUACUAUAUUGUAUAUACCCACUUUCUUGCAAGUGGCAGAAAGCAAGGUUAUGUGCAUGGUUGUGUGUUUGUAGGUGCAUGUGUUGAAGUAGGAAGUAUCCUAGUGUGUAUUUAGAUAAGAGAACUUAUGUGUUAGCGUUGACUUUGAAAUUAUAACAUGUAUACCUAUAUAUUCUUUGUGUUUAUUUAACUUUUUUGAAAAUAUACAGUACUAUUUAUAUUUUGUAUACCUUUUCCUAGGUAUCCACUUACAGCAUAUGAAGUGCAUAUAUUAACUGACAAUUUCCUUGGCCCAACUACAUUGAAAAAUAAGAAUUAUACACAUAUCUAUAUUGGUAGAUUUCUAUGUGCAACUCAUAAAUAGUUUCUUAACCCAUAUAAGGAUAAUACCACUGAUCUCCUGUUUUACUCUUUUAAAUAAAUAAAAUUGUCACAGGUUUAACAGAUCAGCCUUCUAAAGCAAACAUAAAAUGUUCACAAAAGCUUUUAUAUGCCAUUCGGUAGUCUAUUAUGGCUUUAAAUAUAUACUUGCUCCUCAGAGCUAGUAUCAUGAGACUGCCUUAUAAACAACGUGACUUAAAAUGAAUUAUCUUGUCAAAUUCAAUAACAAACAUCCUUUAAAUAGGAUAUAAAAAGAAAUGAAAUUAUGUUGAAUUCUACCCUUUAUUAAAAUUGUAGUAAGCUUUAGUUCAGCUACUUUAUUUGGAGUCACUCAUCUUUAGAGGUAAGUCACUUAUUUUUUCCUAAAAUUAGUAGGUAAAAUAUUAAUUGACUUCUUUGUGAGUAAGGAAGAUAAGGAAUGAUGUCUUAUUGAGGGCUGAACUGUACUGUAUUUCUUAUAGUGUGCUACAUAAAAAAGCCUUAAGCUAAACUUUGGCACCCAUGGGUAGCAUAAGGGGUGGAAACAUUUUUUGGCCACAAUGUGCAUACAGCGGACACAUAAAAUCUGUAUUGGAAACUGACAGAUGCAUGAAUGUUGAGCACGGAAUCUCUUAGAAGCAAUUUUGCUCUCCAUUGUGUCUGUAUAAAACCAACCAUAUUAUUAGAUGUUAAGUCUAUUUAAGCUUUUCUUUGACUACCAAAAAGGUCAAGAAAUUCUUAUGACAAAAGUAUCCAAAGAGCCUUCUCCUUAUGAUAUAUUCUAGCAAUUUAGAGAAAUUCACUUCAUAAUACAUCCAGUAAAUAAUUUCCAAAUCCCAGACUGCCUUAACAGGCUCAAGACUGUUGCACGGUGUUGGGCAGAUUUAUACUUUCCAAUAAGGGAGUUUCUAGGAGUUGAGCGGAGUUAAACUUCUAGAAUGUGAGGUUGGAGCAGAUGGUAUCGAUCCACUCUUUUCAUUCUUGUUUCUUUCAGGAAUAUCCUUUUCCCUAGGAGGGCUAUCAGAGAAAAAUAACCUAGACACAGGUGAUGUCAUUCAUAUAAUAUGUAUUUCACACAGAAGGGAGAAAACACUAGGGAGGUGGUAGCAUAAAAUGAUGGACCUGUUAGGAAGAUGCUGCUGUGUAACCUCGGAGAGCCUGCCCAAGAACUGUACGACAUACCUGUGCCUCUGCAUCACUGUAUCCCAGGUAGUUUGCUGUGGAUCUGUGGUUCUGGCCUUUAAGUUCAAGUCAGAAUAUUGAGGAUCUCUUACAAAAUUAGAUUUCUGACCUCACCCCAUAAUUACUAAAGCAGAUUUUCCAGAUGUGGGGAGUGGGAAUAUGGAGUUUUUAAUAAAACAAAACAAAUAAAAAAUCAAAAUUAUUUGAUGAUUAGGAAGAUAUGGAAGAAAUGGCAUUGAUACCCAAAUGGAUGGGUAGCCACAUUACUUCCUUGGGACUUGCCUUUCUUAUCUAUAAAUUAAAAGUGUUAUAUAUUAGGCUUUAUAAUUUUAAGCCAUGUUUUCUAUUAACGAUUUAAAUAGUGGAACACAAUUUAACACGUUGGCUAAAAUCAUAAAACAUUAGAGCUGAAAAAACUUAGCAUUUAGUACAUCCCCUUGGUUGUAAAGAUGAAGAAACUAAAACAACGAUUAUAUGAAUGCUCUGCUUUCUCUUUUAGAGUAUUUUGUAAAUUUUAAUGGAAAAACUUAUUAAGGAAAUUACCCUUGAACAAUAUUUUUGAUGUAUUGUGAUUUUUAAUGAGUAGUUUUUAUUUCAGAUGGGCAUUUUCUUUCCAACACCAUACCCUUCAUUAUGCCAUCAUUGAAUGAUUUAUUUGGUUAGAAACACUUGUAUCAUUGAAGUUUCCCCUAGCAGGCUUUGGAGAGGAAAUCUUAAUUAUUUCAACUGAGGAUUACUGAAAUUAUGGGUUAUCUCAGAAAGGAAUAAGAAUCCUUUAGUUUGUGUGUGUGUGUGUAUGUGUGUGUUUGUGCCUGUGUGUGCAUGUGUUUAACACUUGCACAAGUUCUCUAUAAACCCUUAUGUCAAAGCCAAAUAUAAAAUAUAAAUGGUAUUUGCAUAAUUCACUUUAUCAAAAAUUAUCUAUAGCUUUUCUUUGUUUUUUGCAAUAAAGAUGGCCAAAUUA